CACCUAUUUUAAAUAGAGCAAAGUAAUGCGUGAGCUAGGUUUUAUACCCCAAACCUAGCUACGCCUACUAGUUCAGAUAUCAAAUUAGCUAUGGCAACCCAAAGUGAAGAAAAUGCUACAAAAUUCCUUCAAGCUUAUACCCAGAUUGAUGAUCAUAGUUUGAGAUUCAUACACUCCAUGUCCCUUAAAUGUGCAAUUGACUUAAGCAUACCAGACAUCAUACACAAGUAUGGCCAACCCAUGCCACUCUCACAACUCAUUGCUUCACUACCAAUCCACCCAUCCAAGACUUGCUACAUCCAUCGCUUGAUGCGACUCUUGACUCAUUCCGGUUUCUUCUCUCGGCACGAUUUGGUCGAAAACGAACAAGAAGUGAUCACGUAUGAGCUAACUGAUGCAUCUAGACUACUCCUCAAGGACCACCCUUUUAGUUUGAGGCCUUUGUUGCUAGUCACACUUGAUCCAAGUGUGAUUAAGUCAUGGUGUCAAUUCUCUACUUGGCUCACAAGUGAAGACCGUACACCGUUUCAAACGGAGAAUGGGGUGACAUAUUUUGAUUAUGCUAAGCGUGACCCCAAAUUCGGUCACUUUUACAAUGAUGCAAUGGCUAAGGACACUCGAUUCGCUUCUAGUGUGGUGAUUGAAAACUACAAGGAAGUGUUCGAGGGAUUGAAGUCAAUUGUUGAUGUUGGAGGAGGAAUAGGGACCAUGGCUAAGGCCAUUGCUAAGGCAUUCCCACAAGUGAAGUGCACUGUGUUUGAUCUCCCACAUGUUGUUGAUGGCUUGCAAGGAACAGAAAACAUAGAAUAUGUCGGAGGAGACAUGUUUGAAGUAAUUCCUGCAGCUGAUUGCAUUAUGCUGAAGUGGGUAUUACAUUGUUGGAAUGACGAGGAAUGCAUGAAAAUAUUGAAGAAAUGCAAGGAGGCAAUACCUAGCGACGGAAAGGUUAUCAUCAUGGAAUUAGUGAUGGAGCAUAACAAGGAAGACAAUAAAUUAAUUGAGAUGCAGCUGUGCUGUGAUAUGCUUAUGAUGUCGCUUUUUGCAGGAAAAGAUAGAACUGAGAAAGAAUGGGCACAUCUAAUUGCCUCUGCUGGUUUCAGUAACUACAAGAUAACUCAUAUUUUCGAUUUAUAUCAUAUCAUUGAGGUUUAUCCCUAGUGUGUAACAAGUGGAGCGAUGCAAGAAAUUGACAUAAAACUCUUGUGUUUUAAUUUUCAUUUAUAAUUUUGUUCU